UAGCAAUUGUAGGGUGUAGGUAGUGAUUAUCCCGGUACGAAUUUCCAUUGUUAAAAAUUGAGAUUCAGCCCAACCUCGUUUCUGUACUGUUCUCUGCUACUUCUUCUUCAACCUACAAUCUGAACUCGAAAAACCCUCUUGGUAACUAAACCACAAAAAUGUCACGAAACUCCAUAACAUUCAUCAAAUUCAUUCGCUCUCUCUCAACAGAAGCUCGCACCAUCAAAGUCGAACGCAUCGCAGAUGAGCUUCUCAACCUCAACAGAUUCGAAAGGCACGAUUUCACCGUCCUAUGGAGACUCAAAAUGGGCCUAGACCGUUACGGUGCUCCAGUUGCCGGGCCUGGUCCAUUGGGCCCAUCACUAUCAGGUCCAGCCGCUGCAGAUGCUACCGCCGCUUCGGCUGAAAAAACGGCUUUUGAUAUAAAGCUUGAGAAGUACGAUUCCGCUGCGAAGAUCAAGAUAAUUAAGGAGGUUAGGUCUUUUACUGAUUUGGGAUUGAAGGAGGCUAAGGAUUUGGUUGAGAAAGUUCCUUGUGUUUUGAAAAAGGGACUCACUAAGGAAGAGGCUAAUCCUAUUAUUGAUAAGCUUAAGGAAUUGGGUGCCACUGUUGUACUUGAAUGAUUUCUUUUUUGUUAGUUGUAGAAUCGUUUGUUCUUUGGGAUUAUUGUUUUUUUGUUACUGUUUUGUUAUUGCUAGAAAGUUUGAUGUGAAAAUGGCUAAUUUUUAUUUCAUGGAAUUGCGUCUGCUAGAUGUUUGAAGAAAUGUCCUAUAGUUGCUGCCUUUUUUCUAUGAAGCACAGAGCUGUAAUAAUUUAAGAAAAUAAAUUGAAUGGAAUCAUAUCUGUGGAUGUCUGACACCAACUCAUGUCGAACACCCGAACAUCUUUGUAAUUCGAUUUUAGACACUGUUGAUAUGAGAACAGAUACUGAUAUAUAGGUUUGUUAAUAAUUGAUAUGUAUGAGUGAUAAGCUGUUUGUUCUUCCUUUUGUGAAGUGUCAAAGGGAAAUUUUAAAGCUUUUAGUUACUUUGGGUUGUUGAGAUUGUAAUGAGUGUGUUUAGGUGAGGGUUUAUAAGCUUGAUUUUGAAUGAUGUUGAUUUUGUAAACUUUGUUUUGUUUUUGGAUAAGUAAGUUUCAAGAGAA